GAAAACUUGAGAAGUGAAGUGAAGUAGAGAGAGGUUUUAUGCGAUUCCAUGAAUUGAUAGAGUGAACAAUUUAUCAUGCCAUGGCGCUUCAACCAAUUCCAUUGAAUUGUUCUUCUUCCACACCGUGUAGCUAUUCUUCUCUGCAUUUUCUCAAAUUCAGAGUUUCUUGUUCGAACCAGGCAUCGCAACUUGACACUCCACAACGAGUGAAGGUAGCGAACAAGACAAAAAAGAGCAGCCACAGGCCAAGCUUCCUUCAUCAAAUUCAAGAUAAAUGGUCACUCAAAUUAGGGUCCCAAAGGGAAAAAUUCCCAUGGCAAGAACAAAAACACGAGGUGGAACAACAACAGCAGAUAGAAGAAGAAAAAGAAGAAAAAAAGCGUGAGCAGUUCCAGAAUCAGAAGAAGCCUUCAGCAUCGAAUUUUCAGUUUCCAAAGCGAGUUUCGCCUUGGGCGCAGGCAAUAAACCCGAACAGUGCACUGUUAGACUCUGAAUCCGAUGAUUCCGAGGACGAGGAGGACAAUGAAGAUGUCAAAGGUAAAGCGUUGCAACACAGCUCUAUUGGUUCUGUUCGUGAAGAAAGAAAGGGAAUGGCGAGUGAGGUUUCUUCGAAUGAAGCAGAAAGAGUAAAUGGGGAGAGGAAAAAGAGAAGAAGCAAUACAGAGUUGGCAGAGAGGACGAUUCCUGAACAUGAGUUGCGGAGGCUGAGAAAGAUUGCCUUGAGGAUGAUGGAGAGAUUUGAUGUUGGAGUAAAAGGCAUCACGCAGGAACUGGUAGCUUCAGUUCACCAAAAGUGGAGAGAUGCUGAAGUUGUUAAGUUCAAGUUUGGCAUUCCUCUUUCUGCUCACAUGAAAAAGGCUCAUCAAAUUCUAGAGAGUAAAAUUGGAGGCAUAGUGAUAUGGCGAUCGGGCAGUUCCAUAGUGUUGUAUCGGGGAAUGGCCUACAAGCUUCCCUGCAUAGAAAAUUAUAAGAAAGUGAAUCUUGCUAAGGAGAAUGCUGUGGAUCACUCACUACAUGUUGGAAAUGGAAGUGAUGGUCAAGCGAGUGUUAACGAAACAGUUGGAACUGCAGAGUCGGUCAUCCAAGAAUCUGCUGAGUAUUUGAAGGACAUGAGUGAAGAAGAAUUGAUGGAAAUGUGUGACCUCAACCAUUUGUUAGAUGAAUUGGGUCCACGUUUCAAAGAUUGGACAGGCCGUCAACCAUUGCCUGUUGAUGCAGACUUGUUGCCAGCUGUGGUUCCAGGAUAUAAAACCCCAUUCAGACUUCUUCCUUAUCGGAUAAGGCCUUGUUUAACCAACAAGGAAAUGACUAACUUCCGUAGGCUUGCAAGAACAACAGCUCCACAUUUUGCCCUUGGCAGAAACAGAGAAUUGCAAGGUCUGGCUCGUGCUAUGGUGAAACUGUGGGAAACAAGUGCUAUUGCAAAAAUUGCCAUCAAACGAGGUGUUCCUAAUACAUGUAAUGACAGGAUGGCUGAAGAACUCAGGAAAUUGACUGGGGGAACUCUACUUUCCAGAAAUAAAGAAUAUAUUGUAUUUUACAGAGGCAAUGACUUCUUGCCUCCUGUUGUUACCAACACUCUGAAUGAGAGACAGAAACUAACCCUCCUUCAACAAGAUGAGGAAGACAAAGCACGACAAAUUGCCUCAUCUAUUACUGUAUCAAAUAGCAAAGCAGCUCAAGUGCCAUUAAUUGCUGGCACCCUUACUGAGACUAGGGCAGCAACCACCAACUGGGGACACCAACCAAGUAAACAAGAAAUUGAGAACAUGAUCAGAGAUUCUGCCAUGAAUAAACUUUCUGCUUUAGUAAAACACCAUGAGAAGAAACUAGCUCUAGCAAAAUCAAAAUUCAGGAAGGCUGAGAAGGCUUUAGCAAAAGUUCAGCGUGAUCUGGACCCAGCUGAUAUUCCUAGUGAUUUGGAAACAUUAACUAAUGAAGAGAGAUUCUUAUUUAGGAAGAUUGGUCUGAGUAUGAAGCCAUACUUACUUCUAGGGAGGCGAGAUGUUUAUGCUGGCACAAUAGAAAACAUGCAUCUACACUGGAAAUAUCGUGAAUUGGUAAAGUUAAUUGUAAAAGGGAGAAAUUCAGCCCAAGUCAAGCAUAUCUCAAUAUCUUUGGAAGCUGAGAGUGGUGGAGUGCUAGUGUCUGUAGAUAAGGACACCAGAGGCCAUCAUACAAUUAUUGUUUAUCGUGGGAAGAACUAUUUCAGCCCGCGUGUCGUGAGACCCAAAAACUUGUUGACACGAAGACAGGCAUUGGCUCGAUCUGUUGAGCUUCAAAGGCGAGAGGCACUAAAACAUCAUAUCUCAGACUUAGAGGAGAGAAUUGGAUUGCUGAAAUCUGAGCUGGAGGAUAUGAAGAAUGGAAAGGAGAUUGAAGAUAGCAAAACUCUGUACCCAGCACUGGAUAAUCCUGUUUCUUCUGAUGAUGACUUGGAAGAGCUAAAUAUUUUCUUUCCGUAACAAAUACCAAAUGCUUGUAUUUAAAUGAUUGAAUGGAGUGAGUUUUAUUUUGGCGAAGAUGACAAUGAUCAUGAGGAUAAGAAGCAUCAAAGUACUUGACUAGGUAUACUAGCACUGCAUUGCAAUAGGUGACGGAGAAGACGAAGAAAACUGUAAAGCACUAUAGCUUAAGCUAAUGAUCGAUGAAAUCUGAUAGCACAAACACUUGAGCCAUGUCUGUGAUGAUGCAUCCCGCAGUAAAAUAUUUCAAGAUAGUAAGAAGGCACGGAUUAUCAUUGUUCUUCCCUUGUGAGCACCAUUUAUGAUAGGGAAAUUCUAUCUUACAUCGAAGUGGUAGGCUUCCUGUAACAUGUAAAAUGGUUAAUUUAGUUGUAUGAGUGUAAAUUGUACGAGUUUGACAAAUAACUAAUUCAGUUGGAUAAAUGGUUUAAAGUCUCCCUUGCCAUAUGGGUAGUACAACCGUUCAUUGUACCAUUAGGUUUGUUGUUCGAACUGCUGUCCUUACAUGUUCAUAUUGCCCGAAAUAAUCCUGUUUGGGUCAAAUAUAUUACACCUUGACUUCCGUCCUUCACUGUUGAUCA